AUGAGUUAUUUCCUGCCGCACUUGAUUUCCGGCUGGCACGUCGAUCAGGCCAUCCUGAAUGAGGAGGAGCGGGUGGUCGUCAUCCGCUUCGGUCACGACUGGGACCCGACCUGCAUGAAGAUGGACGAGAUCCUGUACGGCAUCGCCGAGAAGGUCAAGAACUUUGCCGUCAUCUACCUCGUCGACAUCUCCGAGGUUCCUGAUUUCAACAAAAUGUACGAACUGUACGAUCCAUGCACAACGAUGUUCUUUUACCGCAACAAACACAUCAUGAUCGAUCUAGGAACAGGAAACAACAACAAAAUCAACUGGGCGCUGGAGGACAAGCAGGAAAUGAUCGACAUUGUCGAGACUGUCUAUCUCGGCGCACACAAGGGCAGAGGCUUGGUCGUCUCGCCCAAGGACUACUCCACCAAAUAUAAAUACUAA